GUGCUGACGUCACGCACUCAGCGCCUCGGAGGCCGAGGGCGGGGCCUGUGGGGACCUGAGGCCGAGGAGCAGCGGCCCGAGCUCGGGCCAUGGCGAAGCUGCUGAGCUGCGUCCUCGGCCCCCGGCUCUACAAGAUCUACCGGGAGAGGGAGACGGAUCGGGCCGCGUCCAGCGUUUCUGAGCCUCCCACUGCCGUCCCCGCCCCCUCCUCCAGCUCCUGGGAUACAUAUUAUCAGCCCUAUGCCCUGGAGAAGCAUGCUGACAGGAUCCUGGCACUGGCCUCAGUCUUCUGGUCCAUCUCUUAUUACUCCUCUCCCCUCGCCUUCUUCUACUUGUACAGGAAAGGUUACUUGAGUUUGUCCAAAGUGGUGCCGUUUUCUCACUACGCCGGGACAUUGCUGCUGCUGCUGGCAGGUGUGGCUUGCCUCCGAGGCAUCGGCCGCUGGACCAACCCCCAGUACCGACAGUUCAUCACCAUCUUGGAAGCCACACAUCGGAACCAGUCUGCAGAAAACAAGAGGCAGCUGGCCAACUAUAACUUCGACUUCAGGAGCUGGCCAGUCGACUUUCACUGGGAGGAGCCCAGCAGCCGGAAGGGGUCCCGGGGUGGCCCUUCCCGCAGGGGUGUGGCCCUGCUCCGCCCAGAGCCUCUGCACCGGGGAACGGCAGACACAUUCCUCAACAGGGUCAAGAAGCUGCCUUGUCAGAUCACCAGCUACCUGGUGGCACACACCCUGGGACGCCGGAUGCUGUACCCAGGCUCUGUGUACCUGCUCCAGAAGGCCCUCAUGCCCGUGCUGCUGCAGGGCCAGGCCCGGCUGGUGGAAGAGUGUAAUGGGCGCCGGGCAAAACUACUGGCCUGUGAUGGUAACGAGAUUGACACCAUGUUUGUGGACCGGCGGGGGACGGCUGAGCCCCAGGGGCAGAAGCUGGUGAUCUGCUGUGAGGGAAAUGCGGGAUUCUAUGAGGUGGGCUGUGUCUCCACACCCCUGGAAGCUGGCUACUCCGUCCUGGGCUGGAAUCAUCCAGGCUUUGCUGGAAGCACGGGGGUACCGUUCCCACAAAAUGAGGCCAAUGCCAUGGAUGUGGUAGUUCAGUUUGCCAUCCACCGCCUGGGCUUCCAGCCCCAGGACAUUGUCAUCUAUGCCUGGUCCAUCGGAGGUUUCACUGGUACCUGCCGCCCCUGCUAGUCCCCCUGCACGGAUUCCUGUCCCUGCCUAGGAGAUGUGGGCACAGGCGGUGGGGGCGGAGGCUUCCAGAGAAAGGCGGAGUGGGUAAGAGGGACCCAAGUGAAAGGCACCUAUCUGCAC